GCAAACCUAAACCCUAAACCCCUUAACAUAUGUGUGUUUAUCAGUGACCUUUUAGUUGACAUCAAUGUAGUUUCAUAAGCACAGUGUCUGACCAUCUUUCAAAAAAUCCACCAGGAACAUCAAGAUAUUUGCAACAGCUAGGCCAAAGUGCAUCAGUCUCUCUGGUGGCCUUGUAUCUUAUUUUGUGUUGAGGAUAUAGUUUCCAGCUGUGCCACCUUUGCUACUCAUAGACAUAAGCAGAAAUAACCUCUUCUGCCCCCCUCCUUUCUAGCCAGGUCAUGGGUAAAGCUUUGCUUAAAGAUCUACUUGAGUUUGAGGUGAUGGUUUUCCUAAUCCUGAUUGACUAUCAUUCCAGAUGGAUUGAGACUCUAGAAACUGUAAUCCCUGAUUGGCAAAUCUUUGAACCACAGUCAAAGAUGACUAAUGUGUGUUUCCAACCUUUUGUAGUCUCAUGAAUUUGUCCACAUCACAAGCUUACUAACAGAUCCUCAAACCAACAGCAAAGCUGGGAGAAUGAUAUGAACCAUAUAAAGCAUCCUGACAAAGAGUACCGAUAUUCAUUGUUGGCCUGAAAUACUACUCUGCAUUGUAACGGAAUGUCUUUAUCCCAUAAUAGCUUUGAAUAGGCUAAAAAUAAAACCUCAACUUCCCUCCUUUUCCCAGAUGCUAAUGCCAAGUAUCACAAUGCAGGAUUAUGAACAAGUUUGCUAGAAACAAAAGAAACAUAGGGCAGACCAAUGUGCACCUUCAACCAGAGACACAAGACUCCUGACUUGCUAGUAUUGGAAAAGGAUACCCAGGUGUGGCUCAGACCAGCAGUGUGAAGGCACUUUGCUUGCAAGGCUUCAAUGAUCGGGAUCAUACGUUGUGUGAAUAUCAAAGUUAGUUUGAAAAACAGGAGUGCCAUGACUUUUUCCUAAAAAGCCAGUGGUGAGAUGGUCAGCAUACUCUUCUCAUUGGAAGGGAAUUGUAACAAUAUAUCUGCUCACAACUGAGAUGGGGGCUUUGAACCCUCAGAAAGCGUUUGAUGUACAUUCAACCUCCACAGCAUCGAGAACAACUGUGCGCACAUUCAGGGAGUUUGCACCAAAUUCUGCCUGAAAAACACAAAGACUUUGUAUUGGAAGCUGUGUAAAUUGUCAAUGGGGAUGAAGACUUUGGAAGGUGGGAGGUGUGGUAUUAAGGGAAGAGAGAGGAAGAGGUGUGGAGUAAAGAAUCUAUGCCAUUAAUGAUAGCUACUGUGCGUAAAGAUCAAAUCAUAGUGAUGUCAGAUCACAUGGAACUGGAACCUUGUCCAGGAUUUGAAAAGAUGUUCUCUUUUACCAUCUGUCAUAUAUAAUUAUGUUCAGUGAGACCUGUUAGUAAUGUUCAUUAUAUAUAGUAUAGGCCUGAUCUUACUAUAUAGUGUUGUUGGAUCAUCUUUCACUAUUAAAAUGAUCAAUUACUUUGUCUUAUCUGGACUCAAAGCAGGAAAUUAUGCUAAUGCAGUGCUGCAUGAAACACACACCAACAAGCAAAACUGGCCCUUGAAGUGUUUCCGUCUCUCUCUAAGACUGGUCUGGUCCAUAAAAAAAGGAAAUGGUAUCUUGGGAGAGCAUCAUAUCUAGCUUGUCCAGUCAGCUGAUGAAGUUAUUGGUGCAAAUUGCUGGAUACCAAUCGAGGAGGAAAGUGCUCAUAUUUAUUGGAUACUGGCAAACCUUGAAAAUUGAAACAACAACUCAAAAAUACAAAUCCUGGCAUCUUGAAGUAUGGGACAGUAUUGUUCUGUUGGUCAGCAGCAGUCGGUAUCCAGACAGAUGGAUCGUUCCAGGUGGUGGAAUGGAGCCUGAUGAAGAACCAAGUGUGGCUGCUGUCCGAGAAGUCUGUGAAGAAAAUCGAGACAGGAAGCAUAGAACAUAUGUAUAUGUUCUGGUAAUAACAGAGGUGUUAGAAGACUGGGAAGAUUCAGUUAAUAUUGGGAGAAAAAGGGAAUGGUUUAAAAUAGAUGAUGCCAUUAAAGUUCUUCAGUGUCAUAAACCUGUACAGGCGUCGUAUUUUGAAACCUUCAAACAAGGCUAUUUGGCAAAUAACGGAACUCCUGUUGUUGCAACAUUAUCUGAAGAAAAGGCCUCAACAUAUGCCAAUCAGAGUUCAGUAUCGAGUAUUAGAUGACUGGGAGGACCUCCACAGUAAUUGUCUUAUCAUACAUCGAGUCCCAAAGGCAUGGACUUGAAACAUGUUCAGUGAAAGAAUGUUUGAUCUAGUUUGCUUCUAUACAUUGUACAUGUAUAAAUAAAUUUUGCAUGAAGAUCUGCGCAAUGUUGAUAACGAUACUUUAUAUUGUGAUGUAAAAUAUAGUGCUGAAGAUCAAAGCCAUAACUAGUAAGUUUUUUUUGUUAGAUAUUGUAUAUUUUUGAUAGGAUUGUGAAAUUAAGGUACCAGUGUUACAUCCAGUUGUCCCCAAGGUAUUAUCCUAUAGAAUUGCUAAUUGUGAGGUGACUUGGAUUUCAACCUAGGGAUAUUGUUUGGGUGCCAAAUGGGUAUUGAUUUUAGUUCUCUGCAACUUUUUAUAUAUAGCUUUUGUAAAUUUUUUUUGCCAGCUUUAUCACCUGCACAACUGCUGUUUACGUUUUUAAAAAGAUGGAAGCAAUGGAACUAUUGAUCACUGACCUGAUGUUUUUGGAAUAACAUUCGUGACACAAAUUUCAUCACAGUACUUUUGCCAGCUUGUACAAAAACUGCUGAAUAAGGCCUUUAAAGCAUUUUACAUGAUGUAAGACAAGUUCAAGCCAUGCAUAUUGGGUCUUACUGUCUAAAUCUAAAAGCUUUAGAUUUUAUUCAGUUUAUCAAUACACUUUUGUGUCUUGGCUUAAUUUUUUCUAAUCUCCACUAUUCUCCCUAUUCCAUCCUACACUGGAGUUAAAGGAUGUUCUUUGCAGGCAAUUCAAGGUCUUAACAGAGCUGAGAAUUUAGUGUUUUGAAUUUUCUGAUUGUGUUUUUGUUCUUGCAAUUUAAAAAUGACACUGUAUACUAUUUAAGCACUUCAACUGCAUAAUCUGUUUUUUUUUAAUUCCAAUUUUUGAUGAGUAAAAUGUGGAACAAGAAUUACCAGUACAUUACACUCGCCUCGUUUUUUAAAAAUAUUUCUUUUUUUUUACUGAGACACAAAAAUAUAACACUGUUUCUUUUGAAAUGAGUGCUGUUGAUCGUCAAUAUAAUUUCAGCCUAUUUAAUUGAUUUAGUUUUAUUUUUAAUCAAUACAGAAAUCUCAGAUCGCCAUAGAAUAUUGUUCUCAAAUCUUGUACAGUCUGCGAGCUAACAACAGAUUGUACCUCAUAAUCUCAAUGGAGAAAAACAUUGCUGGAGAUAAAACCCUUUUCUCAACAGAGAGAUUCGUUUAAUUUUUUUUUUGAAACUCGUCACAACCAGACAGAUAUCCCUUUAUCUAGUUCAGUCAGUUUAAAAGUAGUGUAAAUAAAUGUUGACUAGUGUAGUACUGUGGAAGAUUAACAUCAUUGUACAAAUUAUUUUUUGCAACUUUUCCCAAUCUCAUUUUUUAAGAUGUUUGAAAAUUUGCAAGUCUAGAACAAUUGCUGUGCACAGGUGAAGAAGACUUGAAUCCCUGGCUCAGUUGUGAGGGUUUAAAGCAAACUGGAGCAAUGUCAGAAAACUAAGUUUCCACUAAAGCAUUGCCCUAUUCUCUAGUGAUAUUUAAAAAUGACAGCUAUUAUUUAGUUGUUUACUCGCACUCUAGCAGAUUUUCAGGUAUGUACUUAUGUGACAAAUGAAGUUUCAGUCAAUGUAAAGUUGAGUACUCAAUCUUAAAGCUGCAUUGUAAUUCUGAAGAUCAGAUAUGAAAAUCUUAUGCAGAAGUGAAGCCAAUGGAAUCUGUCGAUUAUGACCACUUAAUGCUUUCAACUUUUAUCUGCAAAUAAUGCACUGUGUAUACAUGCCAUUUUUGGUGCUUUCCUGUGUAAAGCCUUAGAUGGAAGGGAUAAUUGCUAGAUUUUACAAUGGUCAAUAUUGUUAGGGAUAUAAGACAAUUAUCCUGCUCUUCACAUUUUAAUACAACCUUUAUACAACAAUUGAAGAGAUUCAGUCACUGGAGGAAGUAUCUUAUUUUCCCUGACUUGAGUGUGAUGCAAACAAGGCAAGAGAUUGAAGAUUGUAAUAAACCUGUGCCAACAAAUAAAAACUCACCAGUAUUUCAGAAA